AUGAUCACCCGCACCCGAGCUCUCAUGUCCCUUAACGUGGGCCAGGCCUGUCGGGUGAUGGGAUUUACCGCCCCACCGCUGGACAAGCGCAUACUAAAGAAGCGCUAUGUGGAGUUAGUGAAGAAACACCAUCCGGAUCAACACGGACCAAAUGCCUCCGCAGAUCGUAUGGUGAUCGUCACGGAGGCGUACAAAACUCUCGGCCGGCUUUUAGAUGACGGGCGACGCGGACGCGCCCCAUCGGAUUUAUCACAAGGCACUCACACGAGUAGUGGAAAUAUUCACAAUAAUAAUAAAAGUGCGAGAGAUGAGAUGGAGGCGGAGGCGGCGGCGUUUGUGGCUCCCGGCGCACCGCUCAGUAUGGCGGGAUGGACGCUGCCGUGGCAACGGGGCCGAACCGUAUCUUCACAGAAGCUACAGGAACAGGAACUGCAGAAGGAGGUUUCGUCACUGCACGAAUAUGUGAGAAAGACACGCGCAAUAGAGCGUGAACUGUUGGCACGAGCUGAUCGUGCAAAGGCAGAGUUGAAAAUGUCAGAGGGAUCGCAUGGAUUUACGGCAAAACACUUUGAAGAAAUUAGACGCAUGCAACAACGUGAUCCAUCUUGGGCAUUAAAGCGAAAACCACUCAUAGUACUUAUAGGGAAGUAUUAUAGGAAGCGACUCUCAGUGGCACUGAGUCGAUGGUGGGAUGCUGUUCAAUAUGUAUUCCUUGGUCGUUAG